GCUGAUCUGAUAGUAGCUGAUAGUAGUGAUAGUGAUUGACUGAUUGAUGAAUAGGUUUCUGGAAAAAUUUUCAUAAAUAUGAAAAAUUUCAAGGUGUUGUUCAAAGUUUGAUAAUUAAUAAUUCCUAUGAUCGAAAAUUCUACAGGGAGCGAUGCUGAAGCUGGGCAGUGGGGGUCGAUCGAAAGUGAUCCUGAGGCUUUCACUGAACUGAUCAAAAAAUUUGGUUGCGAAGGUGUAGAGGUUAAUGAAUUAUGGAAUUUGGAACCAGAAGAAUUGGUCAAAUUGAGACCGGUCCAUGGAAUGUUUUUAAUUAAGAGUUUACAUGACGAAAAACACUCAAACGAGAAAUCACCGGUCGGAAUGCUGAAAAUAAUCAAAUUAAUAAGUAAGGAUCUCAGCGACAAUGCUGAUAUGCACGGUAAAGGCAACGUACAAGAAGAAGAUGAUGUACCAUCAAAGAUAUCUAAGCUGGAUACCUCCAUAAUGAAUGGUAUGUUCGUUGCUCAACAAGUUAUACCCAAUGCUUGCCCUACAGAAGCUAUUCUAAGUAUAUUAUUGAAUUGCAAUCACCCCGAUGUAAGUUUGGGUUCGACGCUAGUAAAGCUACAACAUGAUUGUCCAUUAUUUGAUACGACGACGAAGGGAUCUGAUCGUGGUGAUUAUUGCGAAGCCAUCCGAAUGGCUCAUAAUUCACUUGCGAAACCUACGUCAUUAAAAUCUGAUGUGGAGUGCCAAAAUAAAGACGUCAAAACGCGCUGUUUCUACAGUUACGUUCCUGUCAACGGCAGAGUAUACGAAAUAGAUGGAUUUGCAGCUGAGCUUACAGAUUUAGGCAUCAUUCCAGAAGAUUCCGAUUGGUUGAAGGUCGCUGAAAGCGUUAUUGAAAGUAAAUUAAAUCGUUAUAAACGAAUAGGCGUAAAACACGAAUUAAUGGCGAUCGUUAAGAACAAAAAAAUGAUAUCAACGACGUUUAGUGAUUUCGAAGCAAUCCGUUCAUCUACAGCAUUUAUCGAUAAAUCGUUAAUGAUCAAAGCGGUGAUAAAUGAUGCGCCGGAGUCGAUGUUGAUUACCGGACCGAGAAGGUUCGGUAAGAGCUCCAAUUUGGACAUGCUGAUGAGAUUCUUUGACGUAUCCUCCAAAGGUGACAAAUUCAACUUCAAGUCGCUCAAACUUGGAAGGAUUUAUCCAGAUAUUGUGAAUAAUUAUUGCGGGAAAUAUAUAGUCCUAUGGACAGAUUUAAGUAGAUUUACAACAGUUAUCGUCUCGUUAGACGCAGCAAAAGUGGCAAUUAGAGAAAUAUUACAUUACACGUACGUACAGUACCAGUUUCUUUGCUCAUCUCCAGUACUGCCCGAAGAAGACCAAGAACUAUGUAAACGCUGGUGUAGUAACACUGAAUUCUCUCUAAUUGAUGACGUGCAUGUAGGCAAUGGAUUCAAGAAUCUAGCUUCUUAUUUGCACGCACACUUCGGGAAGAAAGUAAUUCUUUGUGUCGAUGAGUUCGACGGAAUUGUAAAUUGUGCGAUGCUCCAUGUCGAAUCGACUGAAUUGGAUAACAUUAUUAAAUACUAUUUUGGAUUAUUCUCGCUUCUGGUCAAAACAGACAGACCGCAGCCUUCGAAGCCUUUAGAAUGCGUAUACAAAGCCAUUUUUACCGGAAUUACUGCGAUAACGUGCACUGGGCCGUCGCCGCUGAAUAAUGUUCCACCUUUCAAGUUUAUGCAAAAUCAACUUUUUCUCCGGUUUUACGGAAUAUUAGUAGGCGAAUUUGAAGACCUGCUGGAAAAAGAAGAGUUUUCGCACUUGAAAGAGGAGAAGCUAAUGGCUAAAUGGUUUUAUAACGGGUAUAGAUCGGAACAAGGUGCGGAAAUUUUAUGCACCAAUUCUGUUGUUAGGUAUCUAACGUCAAAUGAUACUACUAGAUUGAAAAGCUAUUGGCAGAUAUCUGGUGCCAUCCAAGGAUUUUCAAAAGUUUGGGGAAGAGAAGAACUGGAAGAUAUUCUGAAACGAAUAGUUCAUGGAGAAGAAGUCAGCAUUACCGACAUAGGCUCGAUCGUACCCGAACAUCUGAAUACACUUCGUCAAAUUUGUGACCAGCAAAGUGAAAAAGUAACGCCGCAUCUCGACGUGUUGUUUACCUACUAUCAGCAAAUGGGGUAUUUCGCAGUGGUGUCUAGAACUGGUAAAUUCAUUAGUUUACAAGUCCCUAACGAAGAAGUACGCAGGGAAUUCCACUCUUUGUAUGCAACUCGGUACUUAUUAAAGUAUCGUAGUAUUCGUAGUAGCACUGAAUCGAUUAAGGAUUGCGCGCGUUGUUUUGAAGAAUUAUCAACAAUUUUACAAUCCAAUAACCCUGAAGAGUUAUUCGCAAAUAUUUCAAGUACACUGAAUACGGUAUGCGAAGAAUUCCUAGAUAAAAACACGGUAAACGAGGCCACAUUCGAACACCUCUUAUAUGCAAUUUUAUUGCAUACACAAUUUCAGCCGAAAUCUCAACAACCUGUCAGAGCAGGAAACAGACAAACAAAACCCAAGGUGCUAGAUCUGUGCUUCCAAAUAUACGAUGUAGAUUUCGUAAUAGAAUUGAAAACACGAGUGGGAGAGACUGCAGCCGGCGCCCUCGAACAAAUUAAAGACAGGCGAUACUAAGUAUAAUAUAUUUAAUAAGGAUACUGUUAAGAAUUGCAUUUGUAUCGGUAUUCAUCUCGAUAGACAAACUCUAAAUGUGACUAUAGAUCACGAGAUACAUAAUACGAUAGAGUCGAAUUGAAUCAAAUUGUUACGUAAUUUCAUUUUUUUUUGUAAUUUGAAGUUAGUUGUUCUAGUUUCUAUAUAAUUGGUUGUGUUUUUUUUAAAUACGAGUACCUUUUAUAUAUGUAUUUUAUACCAAAUUUCGUAUAUUUUCCUAAAAUUUUAUUAAUGUAUUUUUUUUAAAAAUAAUUUUCAUCACAAUUUUACUACCUACUUUUUAAAUGUACUUCAAAGCCCAGGUAGUUUUUGCAAAUUUUUAGUCACUUUAAAUCAAAUUUUCGUGAAUAAUAUACAAUUUUUUCAAUUUUUACUUUUUCUGAGAGAUUUUUCUCAAACUUUGUAAUGGUUUAUAAAUUUUUUAUUUAAAACAUUUUAUUUAAAUUUUAAAAGCAUAACCUAGUUAAAAAAAAAUAAACGGUUUGAGCUUUUUAGAA